AUGGGCAGUAUUUCCUUUUCUCUUUUGGCUUUCUUACCUGGUCUUUUAGUUGUAUUCAGUAUAUUUCAUAUUGUUUCAACGUUAUUAGGGCAGGAUGCUGGUACUUAUAAAUAUGAGAGAGUUAUAUUUGGAAAGCAAGGAAUGGAAAUUCGAGUCGUGAACCAGGAUAAAGCACUUAUUAAUUUUUGUGCCAACAACUAUCUUGGAAAUUUCAAAGGUUUGAGUAGUCAUGCGAAAGUAAUCGAAGCUGGAAAGAAAGCAAUGGAUUCGCAUGGAGCUGGAAUGAGUUCAGUUCGUUUUAUCUGUGGAACACAAGAUAUACAUAAAGCAUUGGAGAAAAAAAUUGCUGAAUUUCAUGGUCGAGAAGAUGCUAUAUUGUAUGCGGCUUGUUUCGAUGCUAACGCUGGAUUUUUUGAAGUUAUUGCCAGCGAGGAAGAUGCAAUAAUAUCGGAUGAAUUGAAUCAUGCAUCAAUAAUUGAUGGUAUUCGUCUAACUAAAGCUAAAAGAUAUCGUUACAAGCACAUGGAUAUACAAAAUCUUGAAGAGAUUUUGAAAGAAACUCAAGGUUGUCGCCGUCGUAUAAUUGCAACUGAUGGAGUGUUUAGCAUGGAUGGUGACGUCGCUCCUUUAAAGGAAAUUUGCAAUGUUGCUGAAAAAUAUAAUGCUGUGGUAUUCGUCGAUGAGUGUCAUGCGACUGGAUUUUUUGGGAAGACUGGAAGAGGAACUGAAGAACAAUUGGGUAUUCAAGGACGUGUUGAUAUCAUCAAUUCUACAUUAGGGAAAGCACUUGGUGGUGCUAUGGGUGGUUACACAACGGGACCGAAAGCAAUUAUCGAUCUGUUAAGACAACGAUCUCGUCCAUACCUUUUCUCGAAUUCACUUGCACCUUCUAUUGUCGGUUCUUCUUUACAAGUUUUGAAUAUGUUGAUGGUGCCCAACGAUUUCACUCGUUCACUUCAAUCAAAUAUUACGUAUUUCCGUAAUUCAAUGAUGCAGGCUGGAUUCAAAGUUUUGGGCGAUCCGGAUCAUCCAAUUUGUCCGAUUUUCUUAGGUGAUGCGUGGCUGGCAUCGAGGUUUGCUGAUGAAAUGCUCAAAGAGGGCAUAUAUGUGAUUGGAUUUAGUUAUCCAGUGGUCCCAAAAGGAAAAGCUCGAAUACGUGUUCAGAUAUCAGCUGCACACAGCCGUGAACAAAUCGAUCGUUGCAUCAAUGCGUUCAAAACUAUUGGAAAGACAUUUAAAGUCAUUUGA